AACCAUCACGACCACUACCCAGGCUUCCGAGCAUUCUACCCAAAGAAAUCAAACCACCUCCUCUUGAAGCAAAGCACUCGUAUGUUCCCUCAGCACAUAACAAGUCCCUGCACUCCAUAAUCAUGGCACCAGUAACACAGUCUGAAACUGACAUCAGAUUAUGGAAGAAUAAUCAAAGCAAAGCUAUCAUUCCAAGGAAUGGUGCUGCAUUCCAAUGUCUACCAGGCGUUACUCCACCUGUGAGGCAGCACCAUUCAGCUGAACACAGAUUAAUUCCCAGAUCCUCAUUGCCAGACAGCUCUUCAGAUCAAACAUCAUGGACAUCAGAUAGAUUUCAAGAUGCUUCCAGGACAUCAAAAGAACAGUUUUAUUUUGAUAUGCAGAGAAACAAACAUUCCCUCAGGUCUGAUCCGAAGGAUUUAGAAGGAAACAUAUGGUAUGUUGGUACCCAUAAUCGCCACGAAGCAGAGAAAGCUUUGAGAAUAUACAACAAGAACGGUGCCUUCCUGGUAAGGGACAGUUCCAAAGGAAACCCUGAUAAACCGUAUGUGCUGCUGGUGUACAACAACUAUAAAGUUUACAGCAUUCAGAUUCGCUACUUAGAGAGCAGCCGACAGUAUUCUUUGGGGAGUGGCCUCAGAGGAUAUGAUGUGUUUGAUUCGGUGCCACAUAUAAUAGACGUUCACAAAAGUAUUCCGCUGCGAUUAAUCGAUGGCAGGGAUCAAUCCGGAAGGCAAAUGGAACAUUGCGUGCUCACCGUUCCACUGAUGCUGCAUUGACGAAUUAAUACUGUCCCAUGAUUUUGUAUUUUAUCCUCGAAAUAUCUGUUGUAUAGCUAACUGUACUAAAAUAUUUUAAUGUAAAUAUAAACUGGUUUUCAUUGUAAUUGUUAACGUCAAAAUGAAUAACGUUUAGAUAUGAGACAAUUCAUUGUCUUAUAAGAAAGCCGAAAUGAUGCAGGAAAUAUUUGAAAGAGGAAAUUAGCUGUUAUUUUAUAUAAAAGUAAUUAACGUUCCUUUAUUUCUAUUACAAUCUUAUUUUACUUGCCAUAAGUUACCUUAUUAUUUUUGCCACUCCACAAAACAAAGAUUAGUCAAAUUAUUCCAUAUGGCACCGUCAUCAUUCCCCAUAUUAACGUCGUGUUUAAAUAUAAAAAUAAUAAACAGUUUAGAAUACGAAGGAAUGCAUUAUUUAAAACAUUAGGAUGAAGCUCCGCUCAGUAUGUGGGGCGUAUGGAAAUUAUUGCACAAUCCAUUUAGGCUGAAUAUUUUCAUAAUUAUAUUCCAAAUAUAGAGCUUCGAAAUUAUCAUGCUUGAUCUCAUCGGGGUGCGCUUACUUGCGACAUUCUGCGCUGACCCGCCCAAGUUCAAAUGAUACAACGGAAAUGGUGACUGUGCAUCGGGGCUUGCUACUUGGGAACCCGUUGGACAAACAUUGCAGUAAUUCCACGUACAGACCCUAAUAGAUGCACGUUUAACCCGUUGAAGUUUAACACGCAUAAAGGUUGUAUUGUAAGGUAAAGUAUCGUUUAUUGUCAUUCAGACAUAGAAACAUAGAAAAUAAGUGCAGGAGUAGGCCAUUCGGCUCUUCGAGCCUGCACCGCCAUUCAAUAUGAUCAUGGCUGUUCAUCCAACUCAGUAUCCUGUUCCUGCCUUCUCUCCAUACCCCCUGAUCCCUUUAGCCCCAAGGGCCCAUCUAACUCCCUCUUAAAUAUAGCCAAUGAACUGGCUUCAACUACCUUCUGUGGCAGAGAAUUCCACAGAUUCACCACUCUCUGUGUGAAAAGUGUUUUUCUCAUCUCGGUCUUAAAAGAUUUCCCCCUUAUCCUUAAACUGUGACCCCUUGUUCUGGACUUCCCUAACAUCGGGGACAAUUUUCCUGCAUCUAGCCUGUCCAACCCCUUAAGAAUUGUGUAGGUUUCUAUAAGAUUCCCCCUCAAUCUUCUAAAUUCUAGCGAGUACAAGCUAAGUCUAUCCAGUCUUUCUUCAUAUGAAAGUCCUGACAUCCCAGGAAUCAGUCUGGUGAACCUCCUCCUCUGUACACCUUCUAUGGCAAGCAUGCCUUUCCUCAGAUUUAGAGACCAAAACUGAACGCAAUACUCUAGGUGUGGUCUCACUGUACACCUGCAGUAGAACCUCCCUGCUCCUAUACUCAAACCAUUUUGCUAUGAAUGCUAACAUACCAUUCACUUUCUUCACUGCCUGCUGCAUCUGCAUGCCUACUUUCAAUGACUGGUGUACCAUGACACCCAGGUCUCGUUGCAUCUCCCCUUUUCCUAAUCGGCCACCAUUCAGAUAAUAGUCUACUUUCCUGUUUUUGCCACCAAAGUGGAUAACCUCACAUUUAUCCACAUUAUACUGCAUCUGCCAUGCAUUUUCCCACUCACCCAGCCUAUCCAAGUCACCUUGCAGCCUCCUCACAGCUCACACUGCCCCCCAGCUUUGUGUCAUCCGCAAACUUGGAGAUGUUGCAUUCAAUUCCCUCAUCCAAACCAUUAAUAUAUAUUGUAAAUAGCCGGGGUCCCAGCACUGAGCCUUGCGGCACCCCACUAGUCACUGCCUGCCAUUCUGAAAAGGACCCGUUUACUCCUACUUUGCUUCCUGUCUGUCAGCCAGUUCUCUAUCCAUUUCAGUCUGAACGAAAUUGUAUACCUUGCAGUCAUAACAUAGAAUAAAAUAACAAAACACACACUUAACCCAGUUUAACAUCCACCACAGAUAGGCUACCAGGCACCUCCUCACUGUGACUGAAAAGUCUUAAAGUCCUUGUCUCUUCCCUCCUUGUUCUCCCUCUGCGUUGAGGCGAUUCAGGCUACCGAUGUUGGGACCCCGCCGGGUGAA